AGGUCUGGAAUCCCAUCUCCCCUCCCAUCGACUCGAAAAGAAAGUGUGGCGACGGGCCACGACAUGAAGGAGGCCCGAUGUACUAAUGGCUGUUACGGGCAUCGCUGAUCGGCAGCCCAGCUUUCCUCAGGUAGACGGGGUGGUGCACGCCCCAUGUGUAUCCCAUCAUCCCAUGUGCUGCGCGUCCCCGUCGGCGUCAGAGGCCGAAGAUCUCGUCAUCUUCAGGAAGGCCUGGAGGGGGCAGAUCUUGAGACUCGAAGGGACCUGCGGCCAGGGCGGAAAAGGGGGAUCGGGACCCUCCAAUCUCGCUCACUGGAUUGGAGGCACCCGGACACCGCCGCGUGGGGUUACAUGCAUUUCUCCUGGUACCGUCGAGGCUCGCGGGCUCGGCGAGGAGAGAACCGAGGUUCCCGCCCGCAGAGCAAGAGCGAGAGAGAGAGAGAGAGAGAGAGAGAGAGGCCAAGACCAAUGGAACCGUUGCUUGACGAAGUUGAAAGGGCACGAAACAAGGCCCCGUCCGCAUCUCCACCCCUCGAAAAGAAAACCUCCUCACCCUAGGACGAUUGCUGGACAAUAGAAAGGCCGGUGAACAACGGCUCGAUAGGCAAGCACGCAGGUUGAGUCUAUCCGAGCAACUAUCCAGCCCCAUGAUGUGCGUCCCCCCCCCCUGCCCUGCGCGACCCCUGUGCCGAUGCGGGCCUGCGGCAGGGCGGGCUGGGAACUUUUGUGGAAGCCAAGCGGGGGUUCAGGACGCAAUCGAGAAAACACCCCCG